AUGUCGGAAGAGCUCACCUACGCUGAGGUCGCCAAACACGCGAGCAAGAAGGACCUCUGGCUUGUCAUCCAUGACAAGGUCUACAACUGCACUUCCUUUGUCGAUGAGCAUCCGGGCGGUGAAGAAGUCCUCCUCGACGUCGGCGGUCAAGACGCGACAGAAGCAUUUGAAGAUGUUGGACACUCGGACGAAGCACGUGAGAUCCUGGACGGCCUGCUCGUUGGCGACGUGAAGCGAGCUCCUGGCGACCCUGCCCCCAAGUCCGGUGCCACUGAUAAAAUCGCCGCUGGCCCUGGAGGACGAUCUGACUCCGGCCCUGGAUUGGGCAUCGCCAUGUACGCCGUGGUCCUGGUGGGAGCCGCGUUUGCAUACUUUGGAUACACCUACAUGCAGAGCCAAGAAAACAAAUAG